GGACGGGGGCGGGGCGGGCUGUUUCCCCUCCAGGCCCCACGGCAGGAGCCGCUGCCAGUUGCGUAAAAGCAGCAGCCGGGGCGGGGAGCCGGGACACCAUGCCGCCCUGACCGGUAGCGUCCUCAGCCCGCCGCACGCCGUCGAGUGACCUUAUAACAUGCAAGCCACUGAUCCCAGGGGGAAUUCCCCUGCUUUCCUUCAGCCUCAGAAUGGGAGCAGCCAUCGAUCAUCUGGCUAUGUUCCAGGGAGAAUUGUUCCUCUUCGUCCACCACCACGUCCAAAGAGCCAAACUUCAGCCAAAUUUACAUCUGCAGGACAAGAAGCCCAUGCAACAUUUGCCCUCUCGCCAGAGGAGCAGCGCUGUCAAGCAGAAACCAGCAGAAAGAAAAGACACAAAAAUACUCUCAUUUGCUUUGGCAUUUCUAGCUUUUCAUUUUUUAUAGCACUGGCAAUUAUCUUGGGAAUAUCUUCAAAAUAUGCACCAGAUGAGAAUUGUCCAGAUCAGAACCCUCGUCUUCGGAAUUGGAACCCUGGACAAGAUCCUGGAAAGAGAGUUAUCAUCAAAAAGGGGGAUUUGUUUCGUCUGAAUUUGGAUGCUACAGUGCACUCUAUAGUCAUACAGGAUGGAGGAUUGCUUGUCUUUGGUGAUGAUAAAGAUGGAUCCAGACAUAUCACUUUGAGAACUCGCUUUAUCCUGAUAAAGGAUGGUGGAGCGCUUCAUAUUGGAGCACAGAACUGUCGCUAUAAAUCCAAAGCAACUAUAAUCUUGUAUGGCAAAUCAGAUGAAGGUGAUCAUGUGCCAACAUUUGGCAAAAAGUUUAUUGGUGUUGGCUCUGAUGGAACACUGGAAUUGCAUGGGACUCAGAAGUUAUCGUGGACUUUGCUGUCAAAGACUAUGUAUUCCUCAGGGCUGGCCUCUGGUUCUUAUGCAUUUGAAAGGAAUUUUUCCCGAGGGCUAAAUGUGAGAGUGAUUGACCAGGACACAGCACAAGUUUUGGUUGUUGAUAAGUUUGAUACCCAUGAAUAUCAAAACGAAAGCAGGAGACUUCAGGAUUUUUUAAAAGGUCAGGAUCCUGGCCGCAUUGUUGCUAUUGCUGUGGGAGAUUCAGCUGCUAAAAAUCUCCUGGAUGAAACCAGAUUCACUAUUCAAAAUCUUCUGGGAAGUAAGCUUGUCAAAGGAUUGAGUUACAGGCAAGCCUGGGCUUUAGUUGGUGUUAUAGGUGGUGGAAAUUCCUCCUGUAAUGAAUCUGUGAGAGACUAUGAAAAUCAUAGCACUGGGGGAAAAGCUCUUGCUCAAAGAGAAUUUUUCACAGUGGAUGGUCAGAAGUUUGCUGUGAGAACUUUUAGUGAAUGGAAUGAAGGUGUCCCACGUUCAGGUUUCCAGGUAGAGGCUAUAGAUGGAGUGAUACUAGAUCUGUUGGAGGAUGUUAGUAAGUGGGAGCCUGAAGACCAGAUUGUAGUUGCAAGCACCGACUAUUCAAUGUAUCAAGCAGAGGAAUUCACUCUCCUUCCCUGUCCAGAGUGUAGCAGAUAUCAGGUCAAAGUCAAAGAAAAUCCCCAGUUCCUUCAUAUGGGAGAUGUCAUUGAUGGAGUGGACAUGAGGGCAGAGGUUGGAGUUCUCACUAGGAAUAUCCUAAUCAAGGGAGAGACAGAAAAGUCCUGCUAUGCUGGCAAUCAGUGUCAAUACUUCAAUUACGAUACAUUUGGUGGACAAAUCAAGAUUUUGAAGAAUUUCACAUCUGUUCAUCUCUCCCAUGUGGAACUGAGGCAAAUGGGCCAGCAACUAAUAGGAAGUUACCCUGUUCACUUCCACCGCUGUGGGGAUGUGGAUGAGAAAGGAGGUUAUAGCUUCAGGACUUAUCUGGAAGGCCUUUCCAUUCAUCAUUGUUUCUCCAGAUGUGUGACAAUUCAUGCAACUAAUGGCUUGUUGAUAAAGGACACCAUUGGUUAUGACACACUAGGCCACUGUUUCUUCCUAGAGGAUGGCAUUGAACAGAGGAAUAUUCUGUUCCACAACCUUGGACUAGUCACCAAACCAGGCACUCUUCUUCCCACAGACAGGAAUAGCACCAUGUGUAUGGCCAUUAAGGAUAAAGUGUAUGGAAAUUAUGUUCCAGUGCCAGCCACAGACUGCAUGGCUGUUUCAACAUUCUGGAUUGCUCAUCCCAACAAUCAUCUUAUAAAUAAUGCAGCAGCAGGCUCACAGGAUGCUGGAAUAUGGUAUUUGUUCCACAAGAUUUCAACGGGAGAUUCUCAUGGUUUAUACCCUGAAACCAAAGCAGAACUUACACCAUUAGGCAUCUUCUAUAACAACCGAGUUCAUUCUAAUUUUAAGGCUGGCUUAUUUAUUGAUAAAGGUGUAAAAAUCACCAAUGCUAGUGCUGAGGAUCCAAGGGAAUAUCUUUGUCUGGACAACAAUGCGAGGUUUCGACCUCAUCAAGAUGCCGACCCUGAGAAACCCCGAGUUGCUGCUCUGAUUGACAGACUAAUUGCUUUUAAAAACAAUGAUCAUGGGUCUUGGGUCAGAGGAGGGGACAUCAUCAUUCGGAACUCUGGGUUUGCUGACAAUGGAAUAGGUUUAACUUUUGCCAGUGACGGAAGCUUCCCAAAAGAUGAAGGCUCCAGCCAGGAAGUAUCAGAAUCUUUGUUUGUUGGCGAGAGCAGGAAUUAUGGCUUUCACGGUGGCCAAAACAAAUACUCAGGAACUGGAGGAAUAGACAAUAAAAAUCGCACUCUGCCUAGAAAUCGGACAUUUCCAAUCAGAGGUUUUCAGAUUUAUGAUGGACCCAUUCAUCUUACCAAAUGCACAUUCAAAAACUUUGUGCCGACUGUUGAUAGAUACACCAGUGCAAUUGGAUUCCUAUUGAAAAACCCGUGGCAGUUGACACCUAAAAACAACAUUUCUCUCAUUAAGUUUGAUACAAAUGUUUCUUUGAAAGUCUUCUUUGGUAAACCUGGUCCCUGGUUUGAAGACAGUGAGCUGGAUGGUGACAAGAACUCAAUAUUCCAUGAUGUAGAUGGUUCUGUGACUGAAUACAAGGACACUUGCGUUGGUAGAAUGGAUAAUUUCCUGAUCCGACAUCCAGAAUGCAUUAAUGUUACACAGUGGAAUGGUGUGGUUUGCAGUGGGACCUAUGCACAGUUGUACAUCCAGACAAGGAACCCACAGAACCUUACUAUGACCAUAGUACGAGACGAAUACCCAUUCAGCCCUAUGGCACUACGAGGUAUUUACCAGCGAGCUGACUUUCAACAGUACCAGCCUGUAAUAAUGCUUCAGAAGGGUUAUACAAUACAUUGGAAUGGACAAGCUCCCCAAAGCACUUAUCUUUAUCUCAUUAACUUUAACAGGAAUGACUGGAUUCGGGUUGGACUCUGUUAUCCAUCAAGCACAAUUUUUCAAGUAACAUUUGAUGUUGUUCAAAAGCAGACAUCUGCUUUCUAUAGUGUGGAGGACUAUACAUCAGUAACUUCGAUGAUGGAGCUGCAGAAAAAUCGAUCAGAGAAGAAGUUUUAUUUUGACAACAGCACUGGAUUGCUGUUUUUAUAUCUUCAAGCCAAAUACAAUAGGGACGGUCACAGUUAUUGUUCAGCUCAGGGAUGUGAAAGGGUCAAGAUUCAGGCCACUGUUCAAUCAAAAGAGAUCAGUAACUGCAUGACAAAAGCUUAUCCAAAGUACCAAGCACCACCUAUUCAACAGCCAAUGCCAGCCAAAACUACUGCACAGUGUAAAAAUUGUGGCACAACUCAGAUGGCAUUUACCAGUGAUCCUCACAAAACCUACCUCCUUGUGCAGAUUCAGUCACUCAGCAAAGAAGAAUUACAAAGUAGUCUUCCAUCUUUUAUCUCUGUCAAUGGAAAUAAGUUUCCCUUCAAAGAUGUGGGUGUAUUUACCCUAGUAGUUGAUGCCUGUGUUGGCACUGUGACAGAGAAAAAUGUUUUUCUUCAAGCAAACAUUAAAAGCCUAGAUGAAUAUUUAAAAACUGGAAUUCCACAAAGGUCAAUAGUUUUACUAAGCACAAGAGGUGAUAUAAGAAACCUUAAUAUUUCGGAAGCCUUAAUGUCCCUGGGAACAGCCAAACCAGCUCAUCUUCAAAACAAGGGGAGCAUAGCCUUUCUUGGCUUCAGAGGAAACUUUAAACCUUCCUGGGCUAAGCUAUUUACCAGUCCUGCUGGGCAGGGCCUAAGUCAGAUAGAAAAGUUUAUACCUUUACAAAUGGAAGAGUAUGGCUGCACCAGAGUGAGCUCUAGCAAACGGAAAGACGUGGAACUUUUAAAGCAAGCUUCAAGAGCACAUUAGAGACUAAGAUAUACUAAGUGCUGGAAGAAAAUGUGAACUAACUUAUUUAAUUUAUGGCAUUUUAAACUAUACUUUUAUCCCAAGUAAACCAUUUUACUGUUUGAUAAAGACAUAUGCCUACGUUGACCGCUUGAAUGCCAGUCUGUGCACCUUCUAGUUGUACAAAAUGUUAAAGAAUUUAUUACUAUUUGUAUAGACAGGUUUUUCAGAGAUUUUUUCUGAUGUUUGUAUUUACUGUAAACAGUUACCUUUUUUAUAUAUGUAUACUUUUGUAGCCUGAGAAUUGAGGAUGCUUGUAAGGAUCAGCUUGGAGAAGUUUUGGUAGCAAGUAUUGGAUUGCUUAGGGUUUAAAAAAAAUUAAUUAAAAUAUCUCUUAAGCAGUUUGAAUUGGUUAUUUUAAUCCAUUUUUGCAUUUCCUUUUUCCUGUUUGUUUUACACAUUCCUGAGAUCACAUUUAAUAAUCAGGCCAGUUAUGGGUAGGCUCAGCAGAAACCAGUUUUGUUGUAAACUCAACUGUUAGCCUCUGUUUUUAUUUUUAACCUUUUUCUCCUGAUUUGUAUCCAUUUUAAAUUUCCAUUUUCUCAGGGGGCUCCCUUGCAGCUGCAGGGCUUGGGAUACUGGGUCCCUGUGGGCGCAAGGUGCGGGGGAGGCUCCAGUCCUGUUUGGGCAGAGCAGAGACCCCUGGCCAGAGCCACAAGGAGGAGGGUGAGCCAUCUGCUGCAGGCGAAGACACCCUGCUGUUGAAUGCUCCUGCCUGGGGACAGCCUCCACACUCCCAGCUGAUGAAUGAGUGAGUAGGGCCAUGACAGAGGAGCUGGAGGGGGGCUCCCUGUGGGUAGGGUGACCAGACAGCAAGUUUGAAAAAUCGGGAUGGGGUGGGGUGGUAAAUAGGAGCCUAUAUAAGAAAAAGACCCAAAAAAUCAGGACUGUCCCUAUAAAAUCAGGACAUCUGGUCACCCUCCCUGUGGGGGCCAGUGACACCAGAUUCCUGAAGGGGCAUGGGAGGCUGUGCUUGCCAACUGGAUAUUUUUUUUCUUUAUUUCUGUGUCAUUUGAAAUCGGUAUUUACUGACUAUUUGAAUCAAAUCCUGCCAAGCCUAGUUAUGGUCCAUGCCCACUUUUCCAGAUAUUAUGGGGCAAGUCCUGUUUCCCCACCCAUAUGGGUACAAAGAGCCCUAACUGUAGCAAAAUUUCUGUCGUUCAACUGCACGCGGGGGAAAAAGAGGACGGAUUCCAGGACCCUGUGCAGGGGCCUGUACCUUAUGCAUGUCAUGAAUCUAUGUUCUGCAGAGGCUACCUGUGCCUCAGAGUGCAGGGGAUACAUGGGAUGGUGUAGGGCUGGAGUGAGGGCAAAGCCAAUGGAUGCACAGUAAUGUAGAUCCUCUAGCCUCUCUCUCUCUUCAGCUGAUGUGCAGGUGCCAUGGGGGCUACUACAAAAGCAGCUACAGCCUAGGAUGAGAAGACUGCUUUUCUCACCCCCUUGAAAAUCUCCAACCCCUAGCCUGGUAAUUCAAGCUAUAUCUUAAACACAAAAUAACUCUGUAAAAUUCAGUUUUCAAACAGCAUAACAACUUGUGCAGAGCAAAUGAUCUCUGACCUGUACCAUGCAAGUUAAACUUUUAAUUUGUAUUACUGUAUUUUGAAAUUGGUUGGAAAGAUACACAGCUCAAACGUUUGGUCUGCGCUGCUCUAAUUGUAUAUUUUGUUUAUAUUUAGUGCUAUUUUCAUUCAUGAUAUUAUCAGGCUGCUUCUUGACCUGUAGGUUUGAAUCUUUCUUAAUAUAAGCAAAUGGAUACCUACCCUUGGUUAUACACUAGGUUUGUUUGGGUCCUUUUAAUUUUCAGUCUAGUCAAUCCUGCAAAUUGUGAGAAAGCCACACUGAAGAAUUGCAACCCAUGCAGGCACUGAUUUUAGUUGUGCCCUUUGUCUUUGAACAUAAAUUUCAGUAUCUCAGAGAGCCCAAAGACCAGUUUCAUAAAGAUGGGGGAGGGGUAGAACUACCUUGUACCCACAAUUUUAAAUACAAUUAAUGCAAAUUAUUCUCCCUUCAUACAUGUACUAUUGAUUCUAAUUGUUAUAUCUGAGAGUCUCCUUUUAAAUAUACUUCAUAUUUUGCAUUUAAAAUGAGUAUCUUUGUGGCGAUAUCAAUCUGUACACUUUGUCUUCCUGAAACAAAAGAAAAGGCUGUCUUGUGCCUCUAAGGGAAAAAUGCAGAGAAGCUGAAUUAUGGUUGUUUGUUACCUUACAAAGUAUGCUACCUCAAACUGCUACCAAUAAAUCAUUCCAGAUCUAAUAAA